GGCCAAUUAAUAGAUUUCUAAUUAUUUGACAACAUUAUAAGUAUGUACUACUCUCUCCGUUCACAAUGUAAGUCAUUUUAGCAUUUUCCACAUGUCUAGAUUCAUUAACAUCAAUAUGAAUGUGGGAAAUGCUAGAAUGACUUACAUUGUGAAACAGAGGAAGUAGUACCUACUACAAGUACACACGAAAUUUCCGAUCUAAACUAUUAACAUCGGCACCAGUUAUUUUUUAAAAAAAGAAGAGCAUGGGGGCACCAACUGUAAUCGACAAUGGUAUGCUAAAGUUGCAGUGAUAACUGUAUGCGCUCUUGGAGAUUUUUUGUUUUAAAAGAAGUUGUGAUUUUAUUUUAGAUGUGGAAAUAAUAUGAAUAUAUGACUGUUUUGGUUUUGGUAAAUUCAUUUUUGGACGGCAUGCAUUUGAUGCUUGAACUGCAGAAUACAGGACAUGUGUACUGAUCAGAAACACUAGCCUAGCUUAAUGUAUACAGGCUAACAAGCAUGUAGCGUAAAAUUCAGGUAAGAGGGUAAAGCUUCAAGUCACUACAACCUUAACAACAAUGCAAAUGUAAGUAAAUGUGUAGCUGGCUUUUACAGAUAGAAAAAUGAAGAAAUGAUGGUGUGGUUGGAGAGCAUGCUUCGUCCUUGUACGCCGUACACGGUACGUACACUCUUCACACAUUAUAUAUAGCCUAGUAUAAUACUAGCUAAAAGACGUUUUCAGGACAGGUUAUGCUCAUGGUUGGUGAAAUUAAAAAGAAAAAAAAAGUUGCUGGAAAAAUGGUCUCCUGACGAGGACCAUGUGAAUGGUACUCGUCUUUUCCUUUCCUUUUUGUCCUACGUACCACAUCUUAGUUUCAGUUUUCUAUUUCGGCCAUGCACGUUUGUAUCUGCUUCUUUGUUUAUGCAGACAAUUAGAAAAAUGUAGGAAUAAAUUAGCAUAUAAUCACAGGCACUGUGCCAUUCUCUCAUUCCAAAAGAUAAACAUGACCCAUGGUUAUUUGUCCCUAUCUAUCAGUUGCAAAGACCGAAUUAAUAGAGACAAGACAACAGAUGUUAGGACUGUACAGUUUGGUGCCAACUGAAAAACAGAGGAAAAAAAUCAAUCAUGCAUGAAUAAUAGCCAUGUUAAUUAUGACCUGUGAGUCUAUGAGAUCGACUUGUGAAUAACAAUUAACAUCGUCAUCAAGGGCACAGAAAGAUCCUGUUUAUCUUCCUUGCAGCCAUGUAAUAAUGCUAAUGGGUCACAGAUUCACAACGCGUACAAAAUUAAUCAUUUUUUUCCUCGAAAACCAAAAUUAAUACAUAGCUUUAAAAAAGAACGCGCUUCUAGUUCGUGGCUGGUUCCUAGUGUUUAAUUUCCUCUCGUCAUUCUUAAAAUUUCCAGGCUGCUCUUUUCCCUAUUUGGUUCUUCAACACGCGAGAAUUAAGAUAUUGACCCAGCUUUUAAGAAAGCAAAGAUAUGCACCAACAAAUCCAACUAGGAAGUGUCAGUAUUUUUAGAGCUUUAUUAAUAGACUCCCAGCUGGACUGAUUUAGACGACCCUUGAUAAUCAGCACAAAGUACAUAGUAUAUAUGUAGUGGAUGCUUAGCAAAAGAGACGAGUACAGUAACCAAAAGAACCCCCACUGUGUUUACAGUGGGUAGGAACACAGUAAGUGCCUACUGGUAAAUUAAUUAACUAUCACUAGGGCAAACAAUUCAUGCGUCUCUCCAACAACGCCGAGCCAAAUACUGCAGCAGCAUCAGCAGCAGUAGUCGUCUUCUUCCUCACUGCCGGCCUUGCUGCGUCUGUUGCCUUGGCACUGGCAGUGGUGCUGCUAGCGCAUGCAACGACGGGAGGUGAGGACGGCAGACGGGCAGAGUUCAGUCAGCUAGAGUGGGUGAGAGCCUCGUCGCGUCGGUUAGCCUAAUAAGUUAAAAAAAAACUAAAAUUUAAAUUUUCAAUAUUAAUUUUAAAGUUGAUUUUGAGAUAUUUUCAACAUGAUUUUUUUUAAAGUUGCUUUAAACCGCUACGAACGAAUAUAUAAAAAUUUUACCUACAAAUUAAUUUUAUUUUAUAAUAAAUCGUUUUGGCUUAUUAGGAAAUGUGGGAACCGACGAGGCUAUGAUAUUUUGGUCACUCGGAUAAGGUGAAGCGUCUAAUCAUUUUAGGCGGUCGGUUCUGAGCUUUAGAAGCUUUCUACUUGGAUCAUCCGGGAUUCAUGCUAGGCCGGCUGAAGUGACACACCCGUAUUGCUCAUAAAAUAUUACUACUCCGAAGGUAACAGCAGACACUGGUACGAUACAGCCGUUGAAACAUGUCAAUGUCUACUACUACUGCACUGCAGCACUGGUAGUCCACUACAGAACAAUCCCCGUUAAGAUGUUUAUCUUUCCAUUCUUAGCGGUUUUGAACCCAAAGGCUAAAAAAAAAACUAAAAACCAUAAGUUAAUCCUAAAAUUAAUUUAUAAAAAAUUUACCUCAUAACCCCUGAAUUAAUUCUAAAAUUUUGACUGCCUUGUUACUAGCUGCGAAAGCUGUAGCUGUCUGGUUUAGCCCGCGCAUGAACGAAAUCGCGCAGGAAGGGCCCAAGUAUCAACCGUGUGAGGAGACGGCCCAUGUGGGGGGAGCCCACGCCGUAACGCCUCCAUUAUGCAGCCCGGUCCACCGUGACGUGCAGAAUUGGGGGGGGGGGGGGGGGCGCAUAUGCUGCAUUUCUCCUAAUCAAUUUUCAGGCUCAACAAGAAAAAUUAUAAAAGGUUUAACAGCCGCCGCCGCCGCCACGGCCACCCAGCAUCACUGCUCCAAAUGGUCCUCUUUGCCACGGCAAUUUCCUAACCUAAAAAUUUCAGGCCAAUACUAUGCUCAAUUGCUCAUGUAUUGUUUAUGAGGCUUCCAGUCUAGAUUCAGAAGACGGCAAGCAUGUGUGGAAAUUUCAGGAUCUCAGAAACUAAAAAGUUAAAAGACCUUGAGCUUUAUAUAUGAACUCGAUAUGCAGGUAUAGCAUGCCAAAGAUUCAGUGGAACAAGUCUCUCAAAGCUUACCUUUGGUAGGUGGUUGCUUAGUCACAAAGGUUCAAUAAGCAGGCUUCAUGAACCAUUCCAAGAUUUGGUCCCUUGAGAAGUUAGCACACCGCUAUUAACUUACUGAAGAUAUCUAGGCAGGAUUCCAGAAAUAUUUGAAAUAUUUGACAAUGUUCAAAGAUCCCCCAAGUUCUCUCCUAGCCACGAAAAAUUAUAGGGUUAGGCAGAGAAUCUCUUAGGUUAGGCACUUUAUACCAAAAGCUUUACAGAAGUUCCAAGAAAGAACAGAGAACCAACUUAUGCGUGUUCUUCAACACAAUAUGUUAUAAGUAAACUGGGUCAAGGAAUGGAGGGAAUGCAGUUCGGUACACAAAAAGUCCAAAGCUGGUGCACCAAUUAGGCAAUUACCGGUUCCAAACUAAAACUGUUUCACCAGUGAAGAACAGCGAUAUAGAAGGAAGCUCUAUUUCUUCUUUUUUCUUUCUGAAUUCUGAUCUACUUUAGUUCUUGUAAAUCACAAAGUACAGAAAAAAAGCUUCAUACGUGCAGUUUUAUUAUAUUACGGUACAUAACUUUCAUAAUCCACCAGAAAAUACAGAGUGACAGAUCACAUAAUUAGGAGAAUAAUUCUUUUAUAUUAGGGUACAUAACUUUCAUAAUCCAUCAGAAAAUACUGAGUGACAGAUCACAUAAUUAGGAGAAUAAUUCUCAUCUCAAAUGAGAUACGCAUCAAAAAUAGAUAGAGAAGUGUACCUUUUGUUGCACUUUCUAAUAAGUACGCAUCAAGAAUAGAUAGAGAAGUGUACCUUUUGUUGCAGUUUCACCUAAUAAGUAGUAUCCUGAGAUUCAACAGCUACAGUCUGUAUGAUUGAUUGCAUGAAAACGACCUUCAAGAGGUGCCCCUUCAAAGGAACAACAAAAGGAUGCGAUGCAAAACGUACCAAAUCAAAUGUAUCUCUAAACAUAGGGAACAAAACAUAAAACUAAUUUCCGACAACGUUCGAGGAAAAAAACAUAACACUAAUAUCAAUAUAGAAAUUUGAGAAAUUGCCUGCACUUCACUUAAAUCAUUGCCCUUCAGUGUUGUUUGCUUUUAGCAAUGCUCUUACCCUUGGUUAUGGAAAAAAGACAGGACGAGAGAUGAGCUCUUGAAAUGCACAAAAAUAGAAGAUGAAAUAUCAGCACCAAACAUAGGACUAACAAGAUUCAAACAUUUCAAUUUCUUCCUGGUUACACCAUCUUUCGCAUGCUUCAUUUGGGUGUCUUCCCUGUAUAGGAGCAACCACACUUCUGACAAUUUUGCAUUUCCUGGCAAAUAAAUAACUUAAAAAAUACUUGUGACCUAUAUUUAUCAUAUUUCCCCCAACAUAUUCUUUCUGCAAUCAGCUGGUAUCUAUCUGUUUACAUGAUAAUUCACAUGUUUAUACAUAAUACUUCAUCAAUUUUGAUUCUGGCAAAUUUGUAUAUCCUGAUGACGAUGCAUCCGUGAAACAAUGCAAUGGCAUUUCAACCAUUUGGUGCACAAGUUAAACACAUAAUUAUUGCUUACUUGGUCAUCACUGAUAGAAGGUAGAUGUAUACGGGCCAUGCACAAGGAUAAAGCAAAGCUAACUUUGUUAAGACAAAAGGCAUGUGUGAUAAAAAAAAAUGGUGACAACUAAAAAAAUUCUGUCAAAUCGUCAUUUAGCACAUGUGCUCCUCACUAGUGAAGUCAGUACUUACACUUUCAGGAAAUAUCAUAUUGCAAAAUUCUGCCAGAAAACACAUAGCAGUUUUUUUUUGUGUGUGUGAUGAAAAAACAUGUAGCAGUUUGAGAUGAAAAGGAAAAAGAAGGAUGUGUCCUCAAACAAUAUGUAUUUGAAUGAAGAAAAAAAUCACUCAUCUACAAACACAUUGAAAAGACAUUGCUUCAAAGUUCAAACUAAUGAGCAAGAACUUACUGAGAAAUGUCACUGCAAAGAAGUUGCUUUCAAAAGUUUGACAAAGCCUAUUCAAACAGAGUAGCUUCUCAAAAAUUGCUUUAUGUGAGGCUUUGAUCCAACUUGCAAGACAAAAAGAGCUUGCUGUGAGUCCGACUUUCCAUAGUUAAGAAAAGAACUAUUCGUCUUGAAUCAUCACACCUACUGAAUGUUCCUCUUUGCUUCUUAGCUUGGGUAACUGCCUUCUGCAACACAACUGCUUCUAUGACUCAAGCUCUCAAUAUAAAUACCAGCCUGCUGGCCAUAGUACACGCUUGAGGGAAGAUAGACAAACUGAAACAGGAAUACAGAUCAAGCAAUAGUGCUAUCACUCUUUAUUUUGUGAGCAAUUUCAAGAGCAAUGGACAAUAGCAUGCCUGUAGUUAGCAAGAUUUUUUGCUCAAGUACUUUGACAACACUGAUGAUCAGGAGAAGACCCACCGUCGUGAAUGGUGGUGGUUUUGUUGUUACUGACCUCGGUAAUAAUGUUGUUUUCAUUGUUGAUGGUUGUGGAAUACUAGGAUCCAAGGGAGAAUUGCUGGUGAAAGAUGGUGAUGGAGAACCAAUACUGUUUAUUUCUAGAAAGGGAGGAAUUAUCCAGGCUCUAAGCACAUGGAACAAAUGGAAUGGGUACUCAAUGGACUACCAAGGAAAAAAGAAGUUGAUUUUUAGCCUAAGUGAUCCAAAAUCAUGCAUAGCAAAAGGUGCUCCAAUUAGAAUACACAUUGAACCCAAGAGGCACUGCAAAAAUUGGGACUUCGAGAUCAGUGGAUCUUUUGCAGAUAGAAACUGUACAAUAACUGAUUGCACUGGCACAAUAGUAGGCCAGAUGGGGAAGACAGAGCAGAUAGGAACCAAUGACUUCUACCAUGUGGUAGUGCAGUCAGGCUGUGACAAGGCUUUCAUCAUUGGGGCAAUGGCGGUUCUUGACAACAUCCAUGGAGAAUCCACCAGAUGCUGAUAGUAACAAGUGUUCUUCUUUUCUUGUUCACGGAACACAACAGUGGUUAUAUGGUCAUUAAUGCUGAUAUUGUAGAUCAGCCAACUACCUACUUUAGCCUUAAAGUAGAGAUCAUUCCAUUUCAUUGACCCUAUCUCAUUAUCAGCUAAAUCAUAUGUCAAAUUUAAUCAGCAUUUAUUGAGAUUGUGACAGCA